AUGGCGUGCACCCCCCUGCUGAGCGAAGAGGACCUAUACCGUUUCCGCACGAAGCAGUGCCUGCGGCUGGCUAAGGGGGGGUGCGAAUUCGGGCUGGACCGAUGUCAGUACAGUCAUAGCGCAGAGUGGAUCAGGAGGUGCCCGUACUACAUCUCCUUGCCGUCCUACCUGAGGUAUAUCCCUGUGGUAUGUCCCUUUUUUAUGAAAAAGGGAAAACAGACUGACCAGGAUGAAGAACACCGAAGCGCCAUUUUCAGAAACUCUCUGUUCCUCACAAAUAAAGAUGGAAGUGUGAAUAAUAAUUUUUACAAAUAUAUUGAGGAGAAGAAUCAGAGCAAGUGUCCACUAGGGGUUGAAUGUCCACUGGCUCACAGCCAAGAAGAAAUCGAUUACCACCCUUUGCUAUACAAAACGAAAAGGUGUGAAGAUUAUAUGCAUGCCAAAUGUAAGAGGUACUACUGUCCUAAUUUACAUGGUCUAGCGGAACAGAGAAAAAUAAAGGAGUAUUUCAUCCCCUUCUGCAGCAAAAUAGACAUCCCCCCUUACCCUAACGUUACCGUAGUGAGUAAAAUACAAUAUGGUUCUUUUAAGGGACAGAAUCAGGGCAGGAGUAAUGGCAAGGAGACUACGUCAGAACAGCAAAGGUGUAACUCCACUUCUCCCUCCUUUAACUACCCACAUGGGAAAAAUAAUAAUUCUCACAUGGGUGGAAACAGAAUGACAGCUACCAGGGGAAAUAAAAGUGUUGACGUCAAGUAUAACUCGAUCAAAAUUCCCUACCAUGAGAAUAAAUUGCUCUCCUUGCAAAAUUUCAACAACCAUGAUAAAAGACUCAGCACCUACUGCUAUGAUCACCAUUAUAAUACCUACGAGAAUAAUACCUUAACAAGGGAAAAGAAAAAAAAUUCCAUUUUUUCUUACCUUAAUAAUUAUGACUAUAAGUACACUUUAUAUUUAAACAUUUUGCAAAAGUUUAUGCACCUUUUCAAUUUGGACAUUUCAGACAUGGAUUCGGGUCUUCCCAUGGGGGGACAAUUUCCUAGCCACGUGCAGGACCCCCUAUGGGGGUGCGACCCUUCCAACGAGUACCCCGGGAAGAAAAACCCCUCUGGUGUUAGCCUCUCUGAACAGAAUGAUACACCCAUCUGGAGCAGCAAUUUAGAGGGCCUUCCUAAAGAGGACACCCAUCUGCAGUUGCCAAAGGGUAACAUUUUCCUCAACAAAAAAUAUUCUCACAUUCUAGAUCAUAUAAUUAAUAAAAAUUUGGAACUUACGAAAAAUAAAAUUAGAGAAAGUAACCACUCAGCCAAGAGUACCUACACGGACAUAGAAGACAAUUUAUACAAGACCACCUCCAACGAUAAUAGCAAUGCCUGCGCAUCCUUCAAUCAACAUUUGGACAACCAGAUGAUGACCCCCGAGGAGAGCGACAACGAAACCUAUGAAAGCUUUUUAAAUUUGCUCACCCAUGUCAUGUGUUUGCUUUACUUCACCACCGACUCCAGGGCUCACUCAUCCUUCGAUCUGUACACACAUGAGCUGGCCAAGCGGAUUCACUGUGAGAGUAAAAAAAUGAGGGACAUCAGCAUGGAAAAGUACCUGCCCAGUACCAUAAAGGAGCUCAUUUAG